CUUUAAAGCAGCUCUGUUCGUCCGACGUUGAUAAAACUUUCAGUCUGACCUCUGAAAAUGAUUGCAAUCCAUAUAUUGCUGCUGGUUUUCUCAAAUAUUGUGCUCCCUGCAUUGUGCAUUAACGUGUUUGUGUACGGCACACUAAAGAAAGGCCAGUCAAACUAUCAUGAACUGACAAACACUACACACGGUCAAGCUGAGUUCAUCACCUGUGCCCGGACCAAAGAUCCAUACCCUAUGGUGAUCGCCACCAAAGACAAAUUCCCCUUCCUGCUGAAUGUGCCUGGCUCUGGACAGCAGGUCUACGGUGAGAUCUACAACGUUGACCAGAAUAUGCUGGAUUUCCUGGAUGAGUUUGAGGAAUGUCCAGAUCUCUACCAGCGCACCUCCAUCCAGCUGAAGAUCCUGAAGGGGAAUGGAGAUUCUGAGGAGGCUUUUGUCUACAGCACCUCUACAUUUGAUCCUGACUGGCUCAACAAACCCACAUUCAGUGUUUAUGAUGCCACCGGUGAUCCUGGAAACAAUUGUGUGCCUCGAGAAUAAGAGAAUAAUAACUUCUGGUAGAGCUUGGGCGAUGGAUCUUUUUCACAAUAUCAGGUUUCUCAGCAGCCAUCAUAUUUGGGUAAACUUAGAGCACAGUGAAUGAGGAAGUACAACAAAUCAUUAUUUACAAUCUUAUUUGUUGAAAUAAUAAAAGAAAAACUACACAAUGGUGUUAUCAAGACUUUCAUAGGAAGGAAAACAGUAGUGUGAGACUGAUAACAGCAGCCAGAAGAGAGAAUUAUUAAUAAUUAAAAGAAUAUUUAAUGAUUAAGAAGAAUUCAAUUUACUGUCCUGUCCUCCAAUAGACACUGAAUUUUAAACGUCUUGCAAAAACGGUAAUUUAUUUAUUUUUGUAAUUUGAUGCAAAUAUGAUAUAAUACACACAUAAAUGCAUGUACAUGGUUAUAUUUGGUUAUGUUUUAAAAAUCAAAAUAUUAAAAACAUUUAAGGAUUUAAGAUUCGUAAAUGCAACAUAACAGACUUGUGAAAAGGGUCCGUUAAUUGAAAUAAAAUCACAAACACUGUUAAGCAAUGUUGGGAUAUUCAUACACAUCUUGUCAGUGAAGCACAGUUCCAUGAUCUGUAGUAAAUCCCUUUAAAGUCCCUUUAAGGCAAGUAAUUUCCAUAAAAACUUACCUAAGUUUGAAGUCAAAGCAUGUUAUAAAAUGUGAUAAUAAUAAUGACUGAUAAUAAUGAUUUGUUGUUACUUAAUUGUUCAUUUUGUAGCCGGAUUCUUUAUUUGGUGUUGGGUGGUAUAAUUUAACGGCAUGCAAAACAAAUAGGGUGAAUUACUGUGUGUUAUAUGGCACUUUAUUACAAUUUACCAGAUGCAGGAACGCUUUAGAUUAUUAAACUGGACACAAUCUUUAAGAUCUAUUUUUAUAAUGUAUGAUUUGCACAAAAAUGUGUGUGUAUAUAUAUAUAUAUAUAUAUAUAUAUAUAUAUAUAUAUAUAUAUAUAUAUAUAUAUAUAUAUAAUAUAAAUUGUGUAAAAAUUAUUUGAUUGAAAUAUGUUGUGCUUUAUUAGGGGAAAAACACUGGAGUACUUUAUAUGUAGCGAUCAGGAAUUAUCUUUCUGUGAAUAACUGUACAAUACUGUGUACUACUGUAUACAAUAUACUUUAUACUUUCAUGAGUAAAUUGAAUUGCACUUUACAUUAAAAUAAUUUCUUCUGAAGCACA